GCCAGUAAGACAACGGUUUUGAGCAAUCCCCACCCAGCUGCAGUUUUUUGGUUGAUUCCCCUACCUCUACCAAUACUCGUCCUUUCCCAUUUUCUCCCUUUCUUUCUAUCCCUCCUUCUCCCGCGAUACUCUCCGUAAAUCUAAACACUGAAUUUUGCAGAGUUAGGAUUUGGGAUAAUAUGGCUGGGAAAGUUAUGCAAGCGGUUCAGUUCGAUGGCUACGGCGGUGGAGCUGCUGCUUUGAAGCAUGUUGAACUUCCUGUCCCCACCCCGACCAAAGGUGAGGUCCUCCUCAAAUUGGAAGCAACAAGUUUAAAUCCAGUUGAUUGGAAAAUACAGAAAGGCGUGCUCCGACCUAUCAUGCCCCGCAAGUUUCCUUAUGUUCCUGCAACUGAUGUUGCAGGAGAGGUUGUGGAAGUUGGACCUGAAGUAAAGAAUUUGAAAGCUGGUGACAAAGUUGUGGCAUAUCUUAAUCCUUUGUAUGGUGGUGGAUUGGCUGAGUUUGCUGUUGCCAAGGAGAGCUUGACUGUUCAAAGGCCACCUGAAGUAUCUGCCGCCGAAGGUGCAUCCCUUCCUGUUGCUGCUCUUACAGCCCAUCAGGCCCUUACCCAACCAGCUGGGGUUAAUCUUGAUGGUAGUGGGCCGCAAAAGAACAUUCUUGUUACGGCUGCCUCUGGUGGGGUUGGUCAUUAUGCCGUUCAACUGGCAAAACUCGGAAACACACAUGUCACAGCCACCUGUGGAGCUCGGAACAUCGACUUUGUGAAGAGCUUGGGGGCAGAUGAGGUUAUUGAUUACAAGACUCCAGAGGGAGCCGCUCUUAAGAGUCCAUCUGGAAAAAUGUAUGAUGCGGUGAUUCAUUGUACAUCAGGCAUCCCCUGGUCGACUUUUGAGCCAAAUCUGAGUGCCAGGGGGAAAGUUAUUGAUCUCACUCCAGGCCCAAGCGCCCUCUGGACCUUUGCUGUAAAGAAAUUGACCCUAGCUAAGAAGCAAUUGGUGCCUUUAUUGGCGGUACCCAAAAGCGAGAACCUGGAUUUUCUUGUUAACUUGGUUAAAGAAGGGAAACUGAAGUCAGUAAUUGACUCGAAGCAUCCUCUGAGCAGGGCUGAAGAUGCUUGGGCGAAGAGUAUGGACGGGCAUGCUACUGGGAAGAUCGUAGUGGAGCCCUAAACGACGAACAUCGAGUUCAUUUGGCUGUGUUGAUAUAAUUAGAAGGGGAAGUCUGCGCAUGAAGCAUGUGAACAAGUUUAGUUCUACUUUUUUUUUUCCUCAAGCGUAAGUGGGAGGAUUCGAACUCGGAACUUCUCACUUACACUCCCUUCUUUGAACUAGCCAACCCAUCUCUCCUCUCCCCCAAAGCAUGUGAAGAAGUUGUACGUGUAUGUGCUAUGUGCUUGAAAAAGAGUAGUGUAAAUGAUGUGUCAAUUGUGAAGCUUCUAACUUUUUUCGUUUGAAUCAGUUAGUGUUACCAUGUUCA